CGACCGAGCGCCACCAGGUUCAGUACGCCAGCGACCGUGCUCCCGUACAGUUUGGUGUGGUGGUGUCAGUGGUCAGGAUCGGGUUUUUGCGGUAAACGAUCGCCACCGUCCGGCGGGCGGUUUUGUGUGUUUGCAUUUUAUUGUUUUGCAGUUCCAUUCGCGCGCGCGUGCGCACUCCCGCGCAUCACCGAUUCGUACAACAGCAGUUAAAUCGUUCCUUGUAGUGCACGCGUUUGCACUCCGUAAUUGCAAACCCGCGUUCAUAUCGACAGAUAGACAGAUAGUGUUUCAAUUAACUAAUAAAAAAAAGCCUACCGUGUGUCGUAACCAGGUUCGUCGCUCGUCCACUUCGUCCUGUUCUUUUGCACCGGGGCGCGUGUGUGUGCCAGUGUGCGCAUGUUAUGCGAUCGCACUGUGCACAUCCUUCCCACCCGCGUGGUGCAUCAGCAGUGCUUUCGGUUCGGUUCGGUUGGUGAAUUGCGGGCGACACCGAUGCGGACCCCGUUCGUAACGGUAAGGUGCAGCUGAUCUGCAUCAGCUGUAGCGAAUCGUGUGGAGUGUCUAGUGUCCGCGUGUGUGUGUGUGUGUGUGUCUGUGGAUGUACCUGCACUGUUUGAGUGGUUUGAAAGUUGCAUUUCCAGAGUGAUUCAACUGAUACGAUAACGACACUUUCACUCUUCCUACACACAUACAACCCGUGCAUAUAUAACAUGUGCCAGUGGAAAACGAAUCGCUUUGGUGCAGGUAACUUGAAAAGUGAAUAAAAACGAAAAGAGGAAGAAAAAGAAGAAGAAGCAAACACAUUCACUUGCACAGCAUCACUCCACGGCACACGUAACCCAGCCGUGUGUGCUCCAGUUCCGGUUCUAGUGCGGUAAUGAUACGCCGCGCCGUUCUAAGCAAAAUGAACGCAAGACAUCAACGAUGGCUGAGGCAACGAACGCUGCUGCCACUGUUCAUGGUCACAGCAAUGUGCAUCAUCGGAUUAGAGGGCACGAUGAUAAGACCCGGCCAGCCGUCAGCCGGACCAUCAACUCACCUCACAGCCGACGGCGUUGGUCCUUUGUCCAACAGCAGCAGCAGCAGCAGCUCAUCAGCGGCAACCGAAAGGCACCGGAGGCUGAUCCCUUACAUGCAGUACUACGUAACGUCCACCGCCGGACCACCGCCGCCGUCCGGGGACGGUGGGGCGUCCGAUACCGGCGACUAUCAGCCGUCGUUCAACCCGCUCUAUAAUUAUAGGCCGAUCAAUGUUCCUGUCCGACAGGAGCCGGCCGCGGGGGCUGACAUUCGAGCGGCCUACUACACCGCGAAGCACGCGAAACCACAGCAACAACCACAGCAACAGUCGUACCGGACGCAGGAGGAACCGUACGAGCUGCCCCGCUCGCCGGUCGUAGUGCACCGCAAACCGUACUACGGCACGGCGCCGGCCAAGUUGAUUUCAUCCACCGGGCUUAAGUCACUCCCGGCUUCGUCCUCUUCGUCCUCUUCCUCCUCCUCCAGCAUUAAUCCAUUCACGUACGAGUACAAUCACCGGCAUCAUCCGCAGGGCGUGAAGGUGGUGUCCGUUGGGGGUGGAUCGGCUGGUGCGCCAACGUCGUACGCGGUGCUCAGUACGGGCGAUCACACCGGCAGUGACCUAUACGAGCGGCCCAAGUAUGCGGUAAUUCCACGGGAACGUGACCAGUACGAGCAGGUGGUAGUGCCGCAGCGCUUCGCCGUCCUGCCAGCGAAAGUGUACGGGCUGGAGGAGGGGGCCGAUGACUUACCCGCCGGCGGUAAAUACUUCCUACCGGCCGGACCCGGAGAACGCAGCAAACCUUCGGCACUGUACCAGUCAGUGCCGGUAGCGUAUAAGAAGAAGAUUAUCAAUCCUUUCCUUCCAUCGAACACCAUUCCGGGACCGUUCACACCGAUGACUGGCGGAAGUAGUGGCAGCAGCAGUAGUAGUAGUGGUGGUGGUAGUGUGACAAACACAUUCAGCACCCAGCAUCAACAGGAAGGUACGCGCAGCGGUUCCCAAACGUCAUACGUUAAAAGCGCUGUCACCGAGCAGCCGUCAGUGGCCGUCUACUCGUCGUACGAUCAUGGCGCUCCGGUGCAGGACCACCGUGGCCACGGAGAGCCCGUGGUUUCGUCCCCGUAUGUGGUGGUGAAAACUGUGCCCAAAUUUUACUACGAAAAGCCAAGAAUUACGGGUCCAACGCCUGCACCAUCGCCCUACCCGGUGUACUACAAGGAGAAGCCCAGCGAAGGACGUAAACAACACUCCAAUCACAGUGGUUACACAAGGCCACGGAUACCUGGAGUGGUCCCGGUUAGGCUGGCGGUUGAUCCCAACAAUCACGUCACCGAUGGACAGUCGGAGCAGCACCACUCACACCAAUACUACAAAAUCGGCCAGCAACUGUACAAGGUGCAGCAGGAGCAUGGCGUGACUCCGACGAAACUUCAAACAGUUCCACCACCUCCUCGCCAACAUCUUACCGAAACGAUACUGACGCAGCACGCGACCCCACAAAAGCCCGCGGAAGUCGCUGGAAAGAGUCCACCCACUGGUCAGUACUACCUCACGCCAAACUACAAAGUGUACAAGGUGCCGGCCAAACAUCAUCAUACCGUACCGGAACAUCCGGCCUACCAGUAUGCGCAUCCCCAACCCGUCGCUGUCUACUCCAGUACCACUCCACGCCCGGUAAGCUAUUCGAGCGUUUCACCCAGCACCACGCCAGCCCCGGUGCACGAAACGCCAUCCUACCCGGUUUACCACCCAUCGGUAAAGCCCCCCCGCCACAAUCGCACCGAGUACGCCAACCGGCAACGCUUCUACCCACAAUCGAUGCGUCACCCAAGCCAGCACAAACCACGUCCGAUCCCACUAGCUCCGGCACCGGUAGACCACGAACAAGCGCUCGGCUUCCCAGCAGCUCCGGCACCCGGUUCUUCCCUGGCGGAUCUACUCAAAAACCUGCAGGACAACAAUCUGCUGCCGAAAACGCUCACCCCGGACAACAUUGACAACUCGAUCCGCACGCUCGUGAAGAUACUGAACAAUUUGAAAGCGAACGGACAUCCCCAGCGACCCCCCGUGGCAGAGCCGCCAGAGACUCCAAGAGAGCCGACGACGUACGAGCGAACGAACUACACAACGGUCGAGCCGGAAUCGUACGUGGACACGGACAAGUACCGAGCGGGGCCACCGAUGCUCAUCAACAAGAUUGUAACGCCCGGACCGAACACUGGCCGGCCGGGCAUUGACUAUCCCGCGCUGGCCGAGAUCCCCGAGACCAGCUUCUCGUGCAAGGAGCAGCGGUACAAGGGCUUCUUCGGCGAUCCCGAAACGAACUGUCAGGUGUGGCAUUACUGCGACCUGAACGGUGGUAAAGCUUCCUUCCUGUGCCCGAACGGGACCAUCUUCAGUCAGGUGGCAUUGACCUGCGACUGGUGGUUCAACGUCAAAUGCUCCACCACGGCGCAGCUGUACGUGCUGAACGAGCGGCUGUACAAGUACAUCCUGCCCUUCACGCCCAAGUUCCCGGAAGAUUACAGUGGACCACUCGUUGAUAAAUAUCUUGCCCUCAAGUUCCAGGAGAUGGAGGAAAAGAUGAAGCAGCAACGAGCCAAGGGUGCCAAGCAAGGUUCUAUUGAGAUCCCGAACGCAGUCCCGGAGAACGAUGAAGUUAACGGCAACACGCUAGAGGACAACGACGAACGAUACAACCAAAAUCAACCCUACCCGAUCCGGUACGCCACCACGGAAGCAGUGCCGGAGCGUGCCACAGCAACUUCGGUCCGUCCAUCGGAUCCAUCCCCCUCCUCCUCCUCCUCCUCCGUUCCGAUCACACUCGAAGACAUCGAUGCGGAACUGCACCGUGGUAGUAACGGUGGUGGAAUGGUCGAGUCAUCCAGCCCCUCCUCCGGCAGCAGUACGAUGGGACCUGUUUCCCCCAUGAUGGACGUAUCGGAGGAAGAGCAGCAAGAAGACGAACGGCGAUCACCGUCCGCCUACAGAACGUCCUCCGUUCCCACGACAACCACACUGAUCAUCGCGACCGAGGAACCACCGAUCGAUCCGUUCCGGUCGGAGGAGAUGAUGAUGAUGCUGCGCCCCGAAGGUCGGCAAGAGGACGAUGAUGAGGAGGAGGACGAGUACGCGAAUGUGGUGGUCAAAGCGGAGCAUCGGUCACCGUCACCACAGCACAGCAACAGCCUGCCGACGGCGGCCCCAAUACUGAGCAAGAUCCGGCGGAUCGAGGUGAAAAACGACGGCACCAGUGGACAUUUGAUAAGAAAUCCAAACUACGAUCGGCGAAGGAAAAAGUAGAGUGUAAGUGAUUUGUACGAUCCAAUACUCAGUACGGCGAAACUCAAUAAACUUAUUUGUACAAUAUUGUAGUAAUUUGUAAAUGUA